AUGUCCUUUACCAAUGCCCCCGUCACGCGAGGGCUCGUCUACGGCUUGAUCGGGAGCUCCAUCGCGGUCAGUCUCCUGGACCUGAAGCACUACUUUUACAUUCUGGUCGACCUGCACCUCUGGCGCUUCCACCAGGUCUGGCGCACCCUCAUCUAUCAGCUAUGCUAUACCAACUCGUCCGAGGUCCUUUUUGGCGCAAUCACUCUGUAUAGCUUGCGAACCAUUGAGCACUUGUGGGGAUCACGCAAGUUCGCUUCGUUCCUCGUCGUGACAUCGCUACUUACGAGCAUAUUACCGACGGCAAUACUUGCCCUGGUCUUGAGGCCAUUGACCUUUGGUGUGUUCAACUACUUACCAGCAGGCCCGACACCCAUCUUGUUUGCCCUGCUGGCACAGUACCACGCCAUUGUGCCGCACAUGUACAAGUACCGUAUAGCCACGUCCAACACGCCCAGCGAUCGAUUCCAAGGCUUUACGCUGUCCGAUAAGACCUAUAAGUAUUUACUGGCGGCGCAGUUGGCAUUCUUUCAGUGGCCAGGAUCUAUUCUGGGGGCCUUUAUUGGCUGGACAGUCGGAUACGCCUGGCGAUUGGAACUACUUCCCCGAGCUCUGACGAAAUGGAGAAUACCCGGCUGGAUGGUGGGGGUCCGCACGCAGAGGCGAAGUCAAGAGUUUGAAGGCCUCAGAAGGAGACUGGAAGGCGAAGGGUCAACAGGUACCGCCAGCGGCAUUGAGAACGGUGCCGAGGGAGAGGGCGGACGCCGACGGAAUAUAGGCGAGCAGCUCGUGGACCGUUUUGGAGGAGCAAUCUAG